CUUUUUCUUCUUCUUCUUCUCUCAUCUCAAACCGUGGGAGUCAUGAACCGCUGCAAGGUGACGCCAAACUUCAGCUCAGACACGCCGAUGUGAUUAAUCACCGUCCGAGCCUCCGUUAAAAGCCCGCACCGCCCCGGCUGGUUCUCCUUAUCGAAACAACAGCAUCGGGACCAUCUUGCGCAGCGAUACCGGGGGCGGGGGGGCAGAGCAGAGCAGAGCGGAGCGACAGCGGCGGCCACUCCGGGGAAUGUCGACCGGCCGUCGGCCUCUACUGCUCCCAGACAGCCGCCGAACGGUAGAGUAAACACCCGCUUCCCCACAACACUGACACCACCGGAGCCCGACACCACCCCGCACACUGUUUGUCUGGUCCACGAGGGAUCCUGGAGAGCAACAUGGCAGAGUGUCAGCUGAGCGUCUAGCUAGAAUGAGUGUUUCCUGUCAGCGAUGUGAGCUGCUCUAACCAGACGUCCUCCUCAGUCACCAGCCAGUCAAAUGCACCCGGACAGUAAGGUGGCCAAUCAUGGCAAGCAGGUCAGCAGCGACGGCCGGUCCAGCGUGAGCCAGCAGCAGCAGCAGGGGGCUGCCACGCACCCGGGUUCUAAGGGACCCGGCAGCCAUGGGGUCAAAUCCAACCAGAUGUCCCUCAGCAGUCCUGGGCUGAAGCCCGUCAGCCAGUCGGCGAGUGGCGUCGGAGGGAUGAUGAGAAAUAAAUCCAAGCGGGAGCGGAGCGUCUCCGUGGACUCGGGCGAGUCCAGGAGCACCGUCCCUUCGGUCCUGGAGACGGAUGCCAAGGGUGAGGGUGUCAUGCGCAGUAAACGGCGCUGCGUUCUGACGAAGAAGCAGCCUUACAGCGGAGACGAGUGGUGCUCCGGGCCGGACACGGACGACGAAGACAAACCCCGGGCCGGUUCCCAGCGUUUGAUCCAGGGCCUCUCUGAUCGCCUCCCUGCAGGACUCAAACCUGAGCCCGGGGCUGCCGUGAUGAGACCGGGUCUAAAACCGGAGCCGCCUCAGCCUUCACAGCAGCUGGUCUACGUUUUCACAACCAGCCUCGCCAACAGCGCCGCAGAGGCCGUGAUGAAAGGCCAGACGGACUCCAUCCUUCAGUUUCACCAGCAAAACGUUUCACAGUCCAAGCUGGAGCAGGGUUACCCAACAGGGAAACUUUCAAGCAUGUCUGAGAAGAUAAACUCCAGCAGCUCUCCGCUCACAGGAACUCCCAAAUCCCAAAGUGGAACUCCCAGACCGGCCUCUACAGGAGCCGGGGGCUCGUUGCCUCCAGCCGGGACGCCCUCGUCGGCGGGACACUCCGACAACGAGUCCUGUCAGUCCAGACCCACCGGAGGCAACAACAGCGUCGCCGCCCACCGCUCAGAGGUGGGGGCCAAAGCCGCCUCCGGAGAACCCGGAGACAGCGUUGGAGGCGUGGCUCUUCCCGGCGCUGCCUUGUCCCCGUCGGGGAGUCCCAGCAUCCUGUCUGCGCACCUGCAGGGCGACGCCGUCCAGAGGAGCAUAGACUGUCUUUCCAAAGAGCAGCUGGAGCACAGAGAGCGGUCCUUACAGACUCUGAGGGACAUCGAGAGGCUGUUUCUGCGCAGCGCAACAGCCGGAGGUCCUGGAGAUCCAGGAGGCUCCAACAACGGUCCUAACAACCCAUCCAACUUGAACAAUAACGCAGAGAGAAGCGUGAUCGAGGACCCUGAGAACGGUACGAGCAACUCUGGGAACUGUGGCGGUAACAUGUUGACCUCGGCCUUAGCGGCUGCUCCGGUGGGGGGCAUGAAGAAGUACGAGGAGCCCCUGCAGUCCAUGAUUUCUCAAACGCAGUCCCUUGUUGGACCUGCCCUUGACAGCCCCCAGAUGGAAUCCCACUUGCACCAGAUGUCCUCACCCGGGGACAACAUGGGCCCCCUGCUCGGACCCGAGGGGCUGUCGCGAGAACAAAUGGCCUGGAGGAAACUUCAGGAAGAGUACUAUCAGGAGAAGAGACGUCAGCAGGAGCUGCAGCCACCUGGACAUCCGCAGCACUUCAGGAUGAUUCCUGAGGUGGGAAUGCACGGGGGGUCUGUCAUGAUGAGAGGACCCCCGCCUCCGUACCACAGCAAGCUCGGAGACCAGCAGUGGGGUCCUACUAACUUGAUACGAGGUGGGAUGGGUGGAAAUGGAAGAAUGUUGGACCUGCACCAAGAUGGGCCGCGUGGUCCGAGGUUCCUGGGGCAGAUCCAAAGAGGGCAGCCUGGAGGAGGGGGCUUUCCUGGUAGUCCCGGGGGUGGUCUACCAAUGGAAAGUAUAGGACCUCAAAGGUCCAGCCGUCCUGGUAUGAUGUGGCCCGAUGAUAUGCCGAACAGCGUCGGCGGUGGAGGUCUCUUUCACGGCUGCUACCCCGGCGGACCUUCGCCGCACUUUCAAGGGGACUCUGAGUUUUUAACGCGUGAGGAGAUGUUCAGGAUCAUGGAAAAACGGCACGUGCAGGGUGUGUCCAGGUUCGAACUGGACAGGUUAGCCAAACAGCAGCAGGGGAACAUGGGCGCCAGGAUCCUGGAGACUCUCGGCGGCCCGGACUUUCCCAACAUGGGAAUGGGCCGCGGGCCGCCCUCUGGUCGAGGCGAUCCCAUGGACUUUCCUGGCUCCCGAGAGAUGAUGGGCUCUCCUGGAGCGUGUCCUCAGAUGAGAGACUUGGUGGAGUCUCCUUUAGGGAGCAGCGUCCCGAUGAGCAUGACCCCACAGAUGAACAUCCAGCAGCAGCAGCAGAUGAUGCUCUCGCAGAGGCUCAGAGGAAGCCACGGAGGCAGAGGGACUUUAGGGGAGAUGUUUGGACCUGGAAUUGGUGCUUCACAAAACGGACGAGGAGGAAACAAGGGGAUGAUCCCAGGACCUGACGGUCCCUUCCAGUUUCCUGGUCAAGGUUCCUUCUCUGAAGGGCCGGUAGACGGACCGUAUCUUCAGCAGCAUGGUCCGGAGAUGUUUGGACCAGAAGCGACAGGUCCCGGUCAAAUCGGCGGUACAUCGCGGCUCAGCCAUCUCCCGCUGACGGAAGAGCUCAGAGGGCCAGAUCUUGGUUCUAGACACGCCUCUGACAUGUCAGCCAGUGUUAACCCCCUAGCGUCGCCCUCAUUGCCCCCUCCUCACCAACUCAAGUCCCCGUCCCUCAGCCAGGAGCCGUCUCCUCUGCUGCCCUCGCCCAACGCUCAAGGACUGAAGUCACCCAUUUCCUCUGGCGGGCAUCACCCCACGUUCCCCCCAGCCUCCGGUGCGGGGACUCCUUGCUCCACGUCCUUGAAGUCUCCUCAGAUUAUGGGGUCUUCCAGCCUCGGCUUGCAUUCUCCAGCCAACUCUCCCGGACAGCUCAAGUCUCCGGCCAUGGCGAUGGGCUCUCCUGCGUGGACAGGGGAGCCUAAAGCAGCUCUUCCGAGUCCGGGGGGCCUAACGGGCGGGAAGGUUGUCGGAAAUGGAGGGAGCAGCUCCACUGAUACAGGCCAGUCCCAUCCCCCGAGGAGUUCCAGCUCCACCCCCAUCAGCCAGCCAGGCUCCAUGAAUCCCAGCAUGCCGUUUACCACCUCUCCCGAUGCCCCGCCCUCUCAGAACCCUUUGUCUCUCAUCAUGUCCCAGAUGUCCAAGUAUGCCGUUCCCAGUUCUACUCCGCUGUACCACGACGCGAUCAAAACCAUCGCCACUUCUGAUGACGAGAUGAUGCCGGAGCGCCCCCUUCUGUCUGGAGUCAGUAUCGGAGGCAGCAUGGGGGCGAACCAGACGGCGCAGAUGCUGGUCUCCCAGGGCUCUAUUGGCCCCCAAAGUGCUCCCCAAAGCCCCAUGGGCAUCAUCGGCCAGGGCCAGCAGCACCUGUCUCACGACGCCUCAGGACCUGUGCUUUCCUCGCCAAACCAGAUGGGUAUGCCGGCCAUGAAUUCAGUCAUCAUGGGAGGAGGCGGAGCUCCUGACGGGAUGGUUCCCAGCAACGUGUCGCCGUUGUCUCAGAACCAAAUGGCAGGUUUUCCUCGCGUGCAGCCGCCGUCCCUCGGGCCCAUGCACUCGCCGAUCGGAACGAUGUCUCAGAGUUUCUCGCAGUCCAACGACGGCCUCCUGCCUCACCAGCAGCUGCAGCUUCUGAGCAAAGGACAUCACCAGCGCGCCCCUCACCCGUCGGACUCUUUCGCCUCCCUCCCCAUGGGGGACGGUCCGGACUUGAGCGAGGUCAUCCGACCCACUCACUCGGGGAUCCCAGAGUUCGACCUCUCCCGCAUCAUUCCCUCCGAGAAGCCCAGUAGCACCCUUCAGUACUUCCCAAAGAGCGAGCCCCACCAGGGCCCGCCGCCGUCGCAGCAGCUCCUCAAACAGCUGUCCGCCUCUGGCCCCCAGCACGGCGGCGGCCCCUCGUGCAACCCCCACUUGGCCAGCCUGCAGAGCAUGGCGGAGCAGCAGCUGCUGCCUCACCCGUCUCACGGGGGAAUCCGCCAGAACGUGGGCAUUCCUCAGCCGGGGUCUAGGGGUAUGGUGUCCGCAGGAGGCAUGGGCCCCAUGUGUCCCCCCGGGCACAUGAUGGGACGGGCGGGCCUGAUGCCCCAGCAGCAGCAGCAGCAGUCGGCCAUGAUGGCCAACAGCCUUCUCCACCAUCCCUCCAACCCGUACGCCGGAAUGAUGCCGACUCAGCAUAACUUAAUGUCGCCGCAGAACAUUCUGAUGAUGCAGGCCAAGCAGCGCGGCAUGGCCAUCCCGGGGGAACCCUUUGGACACCAGGGUCCCAUGAUGGGCCCUCCCCACCCCCAGUCCGGUAUGAUGGGCCAACAGUCCCUCAGACAGCGGGGGAUGCCUCUGGACAGUCCGAUUGGCUACGGCUCGGGCGGUAUGGCCAACAUGCCUUUCUGAACCAUCUCAACUGUUCGAAACGUGUCUCUGUCGUGUCUUUAUUAUUUUAUUUUUGUUAUUUUAUUUUUUUUGUAAUUGUCGUAGUUGUUCAGGAAGAGAAAUGCUUUUAAAAACAAAUCAGUGAUAAUCUUCAUGUUUUGGGUUAAAUAAAGCUGAAAAAAAAUGAGAAGCACUGUAACACUGUUGAAAUAAAUCUGAAGCCAUUUUCUAAAAAAAAAACAAAAAAAUACUGUAAAUUGUAUAAAUUAAAACAAAAAAAAUCUGUGUAUUUGUCGUGGUGAUUAGGAGAGGAGUGCCUCAAAUUUCUAUUUGUUUUAAUAUCAUUGAUUUAUUUUCUCCAACUACCAAACUGUUUGUGCAAAUAAAUUAUAUAAAUAUAUAAUAUAUACUUUGCUGUAUAUAAGAUGCAAUUUGUGAUUGUUUGCAGUUGUUCUGUAUAACUGUGUUUUAAUAGCAGCUGAAGAAUAGAAUAAUCAUCCCUGAAUUGUUUUUUUGUUUUUGUUUAAUUAAUAAAUUAAAAGUCUAAGAUUCCUUGAA